AUGUCGAAUUACGAAGCAGGAAAGUUAUAUGAAGCAGUCAUCGACGAAGUGAUCACUGAUUCUAGACAAGACUUUGAGGAUAGUGGUAUAGAUGAGUCAACGCUACAAGAGUUGAAAAGGCUUUGGUGUGAAAAACUAAGCCAUGCUAAAGUAUGCAACUUUGCUUGGGAUGAAGAAGACCAGGACUUGCAUGUCCAACAGACAAUACUAGGAGGAUCCAACGCCAGAAGCGAUAAUCUACACUUGAAUUCCGGCUUGGAGCUACCAAAUAUGCCAUAUGAUUCUGGCCUGAGUGCCAUCCACAGCGGAAGUAUUGGUGGUUCUAAUGAAGGGGCCUAUUCUAUGGGAAUUGAAAUCCCAACGAUUAAACAAGAGUUCAAUGACGAUACUGGUUUGAUCAUUCCAAAGGUGAAUCAGAGUGACGGAGCUUUCGAAUUGACAAUAGAAAUGGAAAGUUCCGAAGCAAUUGCUUCCAUGGAAAAGUUGAAAUCAAAACUAGGGAAACAAGUUGAUGGUGCCGGCGAUGAUGAUGAUGAUGAUGACGACGACAUUUUCAAUGACUCGGACGACAUCAAUUCGGAUUUAGAUGACGAGUUGGAUUCUGAGAAAUCUGAUGAUGAUGAUGCAGAUCAGGAAGGUCGAAUAAUGCUUUGCCUUUAUGACAAGGUGCAAAGAGUUAAGAACAAGUGGAAGUGUAGUCUUAAGGAGGGAAUUGCUAAUAUCGAAGGUCGAGAUUUUGUAUUUCAAAGAGCAACUGGUGAGAGUGAGUGGUGA